CCUGGAUCAUAGGUUGGGAAGGGCUUGCGUGCGCUUUUAACACCGCCUGACUCCGCCCCGGCAAAGUUCGGCGAAAGAGGAAGAAAAGCGCCAGGCGCGCUCCGGACAGUGGGUGGCCCCUUUCGGGAGCAGGAGGGCGAAAGGAAAGAGAAGAAAUCGAGGGGAUCGCUCCCCGUGGGGCGCAGCGUACACUAACUGGGGAUCUCUCCUGCUCGGGGAGAGGAGACGGUGGAGAGGGAUCUGGUCCCUUCCCCGCUGCACGUCGAUCUUUUUGGAGCCGAGGAGGUGGUGCCCCCACUAGCGCGGGCUGGCCGCUUCCAGGUUUCCCCCUCGGCAUCCCUGCAGAGAGAAAGACUCGCCCGGGUAGGUUUUCCUGAGGAUCGAACUUGUGGGAAACUGCCUCCGGCCCCUUCUUCCUUCCCGUUGCGCUCGAGGGAAGCGAGAGGGGAAAGGGGAGGCGCGCAGGAAAAUGAAACUAAGUUUGUGCCUCUGUGAGGCGCGCGCGUAAACUUCAUCCGGCAGCCUUUCCUCAACCUGUGGGUCCCCAGAUGUUGUUGGACUACAACUCCCAUCACCCCUAGCUAGCAAGGGCAGAGCUCAGGGAUGAUGGGAGUUGUAGUCCAACAACAUAUGGGGACCCACAGGUUGAGAACCACCGCGCCCUGGUGAAGUCCAGGAUUUCAAGAGGCGGCUCGCUGAAUGAGGUGGGAACUCCUUCCCAUUAUUAGUCACCACUCGGAUCCUAAGCUAAGUGCUUCCCUUUGUGUAUUGUGUGGCUAGGAGUGCAGCUGGGUGCCUUCAUGGGUUUGGCUCAAAAGUUUUAACCAGCCACAAUCUCUCUCUGCUUUUGCGGAUGUGGAGUUGGAGAGGGGUUUGGGCAUGAGGGAGAUGAAAUCCACUUACCAGAAGACUUAGGCCCCUCCAAACUCGUACUUUGCUUAAUAGCAUCUUUCUUCUUUGGCGAUCACUCCUAGCUGAGUAAGAUUGUCUUCCAUAAACACGGUUUUAACAGUGAGUCUGUAGGUGACUGUGGAGGCCAAUUCUGGACAUAGGUUUCCACAGUGGGGACAUAGGUUUCCGGAUGAGAGUUGAUCACGGUGAUGGCUUGCCAAGCGUGCCUUCCUCUUAGCGUAUUUCUCCCUUUCAUCCUGAGUUUAAGCAUCUUCAAAACCCAUGACACCUUUGGUAAAGGCUGUUCUUCAACUGGAGCACUCACAGGCCAGUGUUUCCCAGUUGUCGGUGUUUAUACUACAUUUUUUUGGAUUUGCCUUGAGAGAGUCUUUGAACCUCUUAUGUUGACCACCAGCAUUACAUUUACCAUUUUUAAGUCUGGAAUAGAGUAGUUGCUUUGGAAGACAAUCAGGCAUCCACACAGUACAACCAGUCCAACGAAGUUGAUGUUGAAGAAUCAUUGCUUCAACACUGGUGAUCUUUGCUUAUUCCAGCACACUGGCGUUAGUUGGCCUGUCUUCCCAGGUGAUAUGUACAUUUUUUCAAAGACACUGUUGAUGGAAUCUUUCAAGGAGUUGGAGAUGGCGUUUAUACGUGGUCCAUGUUUCACAAGCAUAUAGGAAGGUCGGUAGUAAACAAAUAUUUGUGAACAAAUAUUUUGGUUUCCCUGCAAAAGUCCCAAUCCUCUGCACUUCAGUUGGGAGAAAGCUGCCUUUGAAUCUAGUUUUUUAAAUACCUUUUUGUACGAAGGCAUGUUAGUGGAUAGGGGAGGAGGAGGCUGUGAAAUGAUUGAUUCCUACAAUUUCCAUAAUCCCAGAAUUUCCUGCCUAUUUUUCACCUUGCCCAUCCUUGGUCGUCCUGUUCCUGUUUGCUUAACAAAAGGGUGAUAGUGGGCACUUAUCUGAACCUAGGCAUCUCUGCCUGGGAUCUGCCUUUAAAUCACUUUAUCAUUGUGUGGAUGGAUCUCACUGAGGGUCUGGGUAUCCUGUACUUAGCAGUCCUAUUUUUGCAUGUGUUAAACGUUAGGUCAGAUGUAAAGGUAAAGGACCCCUGACCAUUAGGUCCAGUCAUGACGGACUCUGGGGUUGCGGCGCUCAUCUUGCUUUACAUGCCGAGGGAGCUGGUGUUUGGCCUCAGACAGCUUCCGGGUCAUGUGGCCAGCAUGACCAAGCUGCUUCUGGUGAACCAGAGCAGUGCAUGGAAAUGCUGUUUACCUUCCUGCCAGAGCGGUACCUAUUUAUCUACUUGCACUUUGACGUGCUUUCGAACUGCUAGGUUGGCAGGAGCAGGGACCGAGCAACGGGAGCUCACCCCGUGGCAGGGAUUCAAACCGCCGACCUUCUGAUCGGCAAGUCCUAGGCUCUGUGGUUUAAACCACAGUGCCACCUGCACCCCCUAGGUCAGAUGUAGGUGGAUUCAAUUGGAUAUGCACCAGUCCAAGUGCCUGGCUGAUUUCUGCAAAGUGGCAGAUAUGAUUCUCUUCUUUCCCAUUUUAUCCUCACAGCCAAUUCUGUGAGGUAGGUUAAGUUGACACUGUGACCAGCCCAGGGUCACCCAGUGAGUUUCAUGGCUGAGCAGGUCCUAGUCCAACACUCUAACCACUAUGCAACACAAUCUCUCUUUUGAGAGGCAUGCUGGUCCUGCGUGCCCUUUCCGUUCUUCCCCUAUCCCCCUGAAGAUGAGGAAUCUGAGACCAGGACCAUGAUGCCUCCUUCUGUUCUAUUUGCUACAACAGAAUUCUUUUCCCCCAACCUGAUUUCAGUAGCAGGGAGGUGAGCUUGCAGGUGCCGGAGGAGGCCUCUGGGGAUGCAAGUGCACCCAGUGGGUACCAAGAUGGUGACCCAUAUAAGGAAGAUUCUUUUUGUUUCUUAACUCUUGUUGCAACUUUUGUUGCCACUACUUCUAUUGCACAGGAUACAGUGCUGUACAUUGUUGCCUGGGAGUAAAUCCCAUUGCCUUUUUGCCUAUAUGCCCCCAAAGGGCUUUGUAACAAUAGUUGAGAAACAUAAGAAUCUGCCUUAUAUGUAGCAAGACCACUGGUCCAUUCAGCCCUGACUGGCCAGAGAAUCAUAGAAUUGUAGGGUUGAAAGGGACCACGAGGGUCAUCUAGUCCAACCCCCUGCUGUGCAGGAAACUUUGCACAACGUGGGGCUCAAACCUGCAACCCUGAGAUUAAGAGUCUCAUGCUCUACUGACUGAGCUAUCCUGUUGGGUUGGGAAAAUAUGAGCUUUACCCAACCCAACAGGGUAAAGAACAUGCAUACCCUGUGAGCUAAAAAAAUACUGCAAAUUAAAAGUAAAGGUAAAGGGACCCCUGACCAUUAGAUCCAGUUGUGGCCGACUCUGGGGUUGUUGCGCUCAUCUCUCUUUGUUGGCCGAGGGAGCCGGCGUACAGCUUCCGGGUCAUGUGGCCAGCAUGACUAAGCCACUUCUGGUGAACCAGAGCAGUGCACGGAAACACCGUUUACCUUCCCUCCUGAGCGGUACCUAUUUAUCUACCUGCACUUUUGAUGUGCUUUUGAACUGCUAGGUUGGCAGGAGCAGGGACCGAGCAACAGGAGCUCACCCUGUCACGGGGAUUCGAACCGCCGACCUUCUGAUCAGCAAGUCCUAGGCUCUGUGGUUUAACCCACAGCACCCACAGCACGUCCCUUAAGUUAAAAGUAGAGUUGCCAUAUUUCAAAAAGUGAAAAUCCAGACAUGAAAGUUGCUGAGUUGUUUGGUUUGUUUGUUUGUUUGUUUGUAAAAUCGCUACAAAAAAAAGUUUCUGAGCUAUUUUUAAGAAAAUUCACCCCUAAAAUCUACACUUCUGACAUAGGUUGCCGUAUGCCCAGGUUCCCCCAGACAUUCCGCCCGGACACUAUUUCUGACGGAUGAAUCCCAGAAAUAUGGCAGCCCUAAAAGAAAACAUUAAACAGUAAUACAUUAAAACAGCUAAGCGGCCAGAGAAAAAUGGGAAUUAAAACUAGACCCAUGAAACCCCAAACCCUCCUACUUCCCAAAGUAGCAUUCAGCUGAAAUGGGGACUAAAUGCUUCAUAUUAUGCUUAGCAACAUGUGUGUGUGUUUGUGUGUGUGAAGCCCAUGACAUUCCCCCCCAAAGCCCCCCCUCACAGAGCUCUACUUCCCAGUAACCUUUGAGAAAACACAGUUCCCAGGAUCCUUUGGGGGAAAUCAUGUGCUUUAAAUGUAUGGUGUGUACACAGCCUCUGUGUGACUGGCACAGUGGCGCUGUUGGCAAUGCCAACCUGUUAAGAAUUAUAACUUGCCAAUAAUUGUCCUAGAUAGACCAAUGCCAUUUAUCCCGUUACCUUGAGGCUGAUCCCCCCCCCCCAAUUUUUAUUAUUAUUAUUACAAUUCAGCCGUAGGAACCAAUGUAGUAAUAGAGCAGACCCAUUAAAAUUAAUGUCCUUAAAUUAGGCAUGACUAAUGUAAGUCCAUUGUUUUCAGUGGGUCUACUCUCAGUAAAAUCUACUUCAAUACCACUCGUUAGAUCCUGUAUAUUUUUAUUUAUGUCUUAAUUACCUCAUACAAUAAGGCUCAGCAACCUGGAACACUAAUAUGAAAGCAAAAUUUUAAAAUACAGCAGUAUACAAAUGAUUCAUAUUAAUAAUCAAACUUAGCAGAAAGAAAGAAAAGAAAGAAAGCUGAUUUUGGCAAUGAUGCAGUCAAUUUAAUUAUUUAAAGAGAGUUAAUCACUAUCUUUAAAUGUUUAGAUUAUACUCUGGUAUAAGGUUCCUACCAGAGUGGACUGAAAGACUAAGCUAUUAAACUAUGCAGAGAUGGCAAAAAUGACUGGGAAAAUCAGAAACCAGGAGGAUCAAAACUUCAACAAAAAAUGGGGAAAAUUUAUAUUAUAUUUGAAUGACCACUGUAAACAUUUGAACUCUUUGGCAGGUCUUAAAUAACUCUUGUAAUGUUACAUAGACUUUGGGUACAAUGGAGGACUGAAAAAUUAGGAGGAUUUAUAGUAUGCAGUUGAAAAAGUUUACUAAAGAACCCCCAGAGGGGAGGAGGGAAGUCUAGAGAUUCAGAAGAAUCUUGUGUAAUUUUUAUUAUUUGUGAUUUUGAGUGCGAAUGAAUUUGUAAAACCAAAUAAAAUCAUUUUACAAAAAAACUAUGUUUAGUUUAUAUAACAUAGAAAAAAUAUUUAAAAACCUGGGAACAUAGAAGUCUUUUGUCUGCCAUUAAGGUGGGUGACAACCUAGCCUCUUCUCAAACAGGAAGCCACCAUUAAAAAUCCCCUCCCCUUGUAGACACCCUCCGUUUUUAUAAUAUAGACUCUCAAGAGAAGGUUCUUCAUGAAUUUUCUCUACUACUCUACAAGAUGUCCCAUACUGACCAGACCAAUAGCAGCAUGAAGGACGCUGCUUGUUACCUGUGCUCACUUACCUGAGAGUAAGCCACCUUGAACACUCUGGGAUUGAUUUCUGACUAAACGUGCAUAGGAUUGCGCUCUUACUGUCACCUUCGUGCCAUCCUUGGGUCUUUGGUAGGUCUCCACAGCUUUCUUUGUGGCCUUUUGGCCAUCGUGUCCUGUAGCAGUGGAAAUACAGACCGCACAAUGCCUUCUCUUCUGUUUUCACAUUGUAGGCCCUGGGAUUUCUCUCUACGAAUUGCUGGAGCGCCCCACGAGCCGCAAACAUGUCCUUGGAUGACAUUCAGAUGAAUUCGGAGGACUUUUUGCAAAAAGAGCAGCUGGAUGCCGGCGGAUUUGGAAUGGUUUCGCUGUGUUACCACAAGAGGCAUGGGCUUGUGGUGCUAAAAACGGUGUACACAGGGCCUCAGCGCACAGAGUAAGUUGGUUAGAGGGAGAUCCUUUGCAGACAAGAGAGAGCAGUGUAGAGCUACCUACCACUGAGCUCCUGCCAGUUUCUUUUCUUUUUUAAAUUAGUUUUAUUAAAUAUUUUGUUGUUGCUUAGUCGUUUAGUCGUGUCUGACUCUUCGUGACCCCAUGGACGAGAGCACGCCAGGCACUCCUUUCUUCCACUGCCUCCCGCACUUUGGUCAAACUCAUGCUGCUAGCUUCGAGAACACUGUCCAACCAUCUCGUCCUCUGUCGUCCCCUUCUCCUUGUGCCCUCCAUCUUUCCCAACAUCAGGGUCUUUUCCAGGGAGUCUUCUCUUCUCAUGAGGUGGGCAAAGUAUUGGAGCCUCAGCUUAAGGAUCUGUCCUUCCAGUGAGCACUCAGGGCUGGUUUCCUUAAGAAUGGAUAGGUUAUUAAAUAUUACAAGGGAAAUAGAAAAGGGAAAUCAAAACAAAAUCCAUACAUAACAAUAUAAACACAAUCGUCUACAUAUUUACCAGAUGCAGACUAAAGAAGAAAAAAGACAAAAAGAUAAAAGAAAAGAAAAAAAGAAAGGGGGGAAAAAUAAAAAAAUACUUUCCAUAAUCAGUAAUACCAAAUUUAUACUUUAAACAUUACAUUAUAAAAAUCCUAGUUAAAAUAUUAUAAAAGACUUCCACCGCAUUCACCACACGUCUCUUAAUUUCUAGUUCACCUUUACAUCUGUUCUUCAGUCACUUCCUUUCCUUAAGUUCUUUCAUAGUCCAUCAAAUCUUUAUAUUCUUCACAAGGUUAGUCUAAGCACAACCAAACUUUCAUAUUUGAGCCCUGCUUGUGUAAAUAUUCAUUUAGACAAUUCCAUCGUCUCUGUACCAUAAUUUUUGCAUUUGUGCCUUAUUAAGUCCGGCUCCUACCGGUUUCUGAUUGGAUAGGUUCCUCCCUCAACUUUUCCAGGGUUUUGCUUGCCUAGAGAUCUGUGUGGCGAGAACAAAAGACGAGCCCGGCUAGAUCAAACCAAAUGACCGUUAUCACCAGUCAGAUGCUUGUGGGAAGUCCACAGGCAGCUCACAAAGGCAAUGACUGUCUCCCACUCUUAUUUCCCAGCUUCAACAAUUAAGGCUUCCUUUAGGCCAGCCUUUCUCAACCUGUGAGUCCCCAGAUGGUGUUGGACUACAACUCCCAUCACCCCUAGCUAGCAAGGCCAGAGCUCAGGGAUGAUGGGAGUUGUAGUCCAACAACAUCUGGGGACCCACAGGUUGAGAACCGCUGCUUUAGGCUCACAUCACCCAUCCCCAGAGAAGGCUGCCUCCUAGUUAGCCUAGAUGGUGCCUCUGCUCCAGAUCUGAUUGGAAACUCGACAGAUCAGAGCUAUAGCUCAGUCAGUAAAGCAUGAGACUGUUAAUCUCAGGGUUGUGGGUUCAAGUCCCCCAUUGGGCAAAAGAUUCCCGCAUUGCAAGGGGUUGGACUAGAUGACCCUUGGUUCAUAGAAUCAUAGAGUUGGAAGGGAUCCUGGGGAUCAUCUAGUCCAACCCCUGCAAUGCAAGUGUUCCUUAUGGGGAUCGAACCUGCAACCUCGAUGUUAUCUGCUCUAACCAGCUGAGCUAUCCAGCUUGCAUUCUGUGAAAUCAUUCUCUGUAGGGCUCCUUGCUAUAGCAAUGGUCCUUAUCUGAUGGUGGCUGCUGUAGCACACUGGGCAGCUGGGUGUGGGGGAGGCUGCCAUUUCCCACAAUGCCUUGGGGCAACCCAUUGAUGGGGCAUUGUGGGAAAUUAAAAUAGUGUCUUCAGCAGACCCAGCUGCCCAACACAAAUGCCAGUGGGGGAUUAAAAAGGGGGCCCGGGCCAGGCAUCAGUGUGGGUCCUGGCAGUUGCCCAAGCAUGCUACUCAUUGACGCUAGGCCUGACUGGAUUAUGUGUCAUUAGAUCAUUCGGCCAUGCCUGGUGUGACAGCUUAGCAGACCUACCUGCCAUUUUGCCACCUUGCACACUCUGAAAGAAAACCACCUGUGUGUUAAGAGUUGAAGCGUGUCUCCAAUUUUGCUUCAUAUUUUUAAAAUGCAUUAUCCCGCUGUUAUAAAUUUGGGAAGCACUAGCCUGCAGUUCCUAGCCAGAACGCUAUGCAAAUGACUGAAUGAAUAAUUAGUACAGUGGUACCUUGGGUUAAGUACUUAAUUCGUUCCGGAGGUCCAUUCUUAACCUGAAACUGUUCUUAACCUGAAGCACCACUUUAGCUAAUGGGGCCUCCUGCUGCUGCCGUGCCGCCGGAGCACGAUUUCUGUUCUCAUCCCGAAGCAAAGUUCUUAACCUGAGGUACUAUUUCUGGGUUAGCGGAGUCUGUAACCUGAAGCAUAUGUAACCUGAAGCAUAUGUAACCCGAGGUACCACUGUAAUAACAAUGCUAACUAAUCACCACUCAGACACAAGGCAGGAUUUCACCCAGCCAUUUCAUUCGCAGAUUAUGCUGCAGCUUGAGCUAUGCAGGUUUGGCUCAUCAUUUUGGAGAGUUCAGGUGAAGAAGUUGACAUUUCUGCCUGUCACCUUGAAAUGUCUUACAGGAAGCUUUAGUCUAUAGCUCUAUUCCCUUCUUGGCAGUCAUGCACACUGGUAAUCCCAUAGUACCUGUUCCCCCCCUCCCAGGUGUAACACGUCCCUUCUGGAAGAAGGCAAGAUUAUGCUCAGACUAAACCAUGACCGUGUGGUGAAGCUACUGGGCAUCAUUUUGGAAGAUGGCAACUAUUCCCUGGUGAUGGAAUAUGUACGCAAAGGAAACCUGAUGUCCGUACUGAAGGCAGUGAGUAGAGAGCACGAUUGAUAGACUGGGAAGAAGCCAGGCGGUAAUUUUUGAGAUUGUACCACAACCUCGGAAAAUGGUAUUCAAACAUUGUCGGUCAUCUCGGGUCUGUUUCCAUCAACACCUUUUUUGUCCGUUCCAGUGAAAAUGUUUUCAUCAUUGGUUUGGACCUGGAUCAGGUCUAAGACAUGCCAAUAGUGAAUGUUAGGGACACACUAGCACUGGGCUCUGCAACUCAUAAAUGUGAGUGUUUGCUCUGUAUGGGGGGCAUCAUGAUUUCUGCACCAGCAAACCUUCUGUUCAUAAUUUGCACUGCAAAAUGGAGCAGUCUUGCAUUGCUCCCAAGAUCCAGAUUUCCAAAGUAUUGGGAAGGUUUGGGCCAGAUAGUAAUAAGCUUAUAUAAUAUGUUUAAGCUUCUGUCUGGCAGUGUCUGUUUCCAUCAACAUCUUUUUUGUCCGUUGGCACUUUCCCAAGGAUGCCAAUCCCUGUUGCCAUCUAGAAUCUGCCCAUCAUAAUGGUGGGUAGUUGGUUAUCUGUUAAUAUUUCUCAUCAGCAGACAGAUCCCAUCCUGAUUUUCUAAAAUGUGCAUCUCCAGAUCUGCUGAAUUGCAACUGGAUUCUAGACUCAGUGAUGAGGAUCCUUGUUGCUUAUUCAAAAAGCAAAGAUAAUUGGAAGGCACACUAAUUCGGUAUGCUUUAUUCAAACUCCUUUAGCAACCAUGAUUCAUAAGACUUAAUAUCUAUUCCUGAUGGAUGUUCGUUCAGCAGAGGACUGAAUAAGUCAGUGCUCUUUUUAAAGAUUUUAGCUGGGAUUCAAUUAUGUUUAACCCCUAGUAUACCCACGGAAAUGAAUGAGCAUGGCUAAGUUCAGUCCAUUAAUUUUGAUAGGUCUAACGUGAGUAAAACUUAAUUGAAUACCACUGCAUUUCAUUUUUAAAAAAGGCAGCUUCUUGAUCAUGGCAGGUAUAAUUCAGUAUAUAUACUAAUAUUCUGCUGUUUUUGCUUUAUUGCAGACCUCUAUUCCUUUGUCUGUGAAAGGGUGCUUCAUCCUAGAGAUCAUUGAAGGAAUGCUUUACUUAACUGAACAGGGCUUAGUUCACAAAGACCUAAAACCAGAAAAUAUCCUUGUAGACGAGGACUUUCAUAUUAAGGUACCAUUAGCACAUAAUUUCUGGAUGGGUGACAUGUCAGUCUUAGGGCUAAACCAGAUGUGGGCAUGAUUUAUAGCAGAACCUGCCUGUUUGGCAAACCAUGGUUUUGUGUGACUGCAAAUGUGCUGGCUCCCAGGGAGAUCGCAGCCACUUUGCUUCUCUCCUGGUCCUUGUCGUUCAGUGUAAUGUAGCAACUAAGACAAGGUAUGGCUUUGCAUGUUGUCUGAACCCAGGAUUGUUGUUCUGCUCUCUCCUCCUUAACCAAGAUCUGCAGCCAAGGUUUGUAAAGUGGGCGCAAUCUGCUCCAGAAGCCAGUAGGUUUACACGGUUGCAGUAAGCUAACCAGGCUUUUGCCCACUAUGCACAUGUGGAUGAGAAGGUAAACACACAGUUUCCCAGUGUUUUGCAUUCCCUUCCUGGUAUAGCAGGCCAGGAAAGGCUAUACGACAUGCUUUUCUGAAUGUUCAGAUCGGUGCACUCCAUUUGACCUGGGUAACUUAAAAACACUAUAUUUAAUUAAAUAACAAAUUUCUUUGGGAAACAUUUGAUGUCGCACCAAGCAUGUCGACUGCAAAUUGUCCUCGACUGGAAUAUCCCCUAAUGGGCACUGAACUUUAUAAGAAGGUGACUGGGAGCGGCCGCCGAGACCAUAUAACACUGGUCUUGAAAGACCUACACUGGCUCCCAGUACGUUUCCGAGCACAAUUCAAAGUGUUGGUGCUGGCCUUUAAAGCCCUAAACAGCCUCGGUCCAGUAUACCUGAAGGAGGGUCUCCACCUCCAUCAUUCUGCCCGGAUACUGAGGUCCAGCGCCGAGGGCCUUCUGGCGGUUCCCUCACUACAAGAAGCCAAGUUACAGGGAACCAGGCAGAGGGCCUUCUCAGUAGUUCCGCCUUUGGAACGCCCUCCCACCAGAUGUCAAAGAGAAAAAUAACUACCAAACUUUUAGAAGACAUCUGAAGGGAAGCUUUUAAUGUUUAACAGACCACUGUAUUUUAAUAUUUUGUUGGAAGCUGCCCAGAGUGGCUGGAGAGACCCAGGCAGAUGGGCGGGGUAUAAAUAAUUUUUUUAUUAUUUAUUUAUUUAUUUAUUUAUUUAUUUAUUUAUUUAGACAAACUGAAAUGGGGAUAGAGAAAGGCAACAAAAGACUGUCAGCAUUAAGUAAAACAAGUCCUAUGUGGAAUUGUUUGAAAGAACUGGGCAUGUUUAGCCUGGAAAAGAGAAGACUGAGAGUGUCGGGACAUCACAGGCAAAUGUGUGUUCUCUGCUGCAGACUGAGGUUGAUUUAGUGGGCUUAAGAUACAGGCAGGUAAAUUUUGGUUGAGCGUUAAGUCAAACUUCUUGAACAGCUGUGACAAUGGAACCAAUGACCUAGAGGGGUGGUGGGCUCUCCCUUUAAGUAGAGGGUGGAUAGUCCAUCUAUAGUGAAUGCUCUAGCUCUGGAUUUCCUGUGCCAAGCAGGAAGUUGGAGAAGACGGCCUGCGAGGGUCUCAUCAGCUGUGUGCUUGUGUGAUCUCAGUUGGACCUUGCUCCUAACGGUUCUCUACCCUUUCCUGCAGAUAGCAGACCUUGGUGUGGCCCGCUUCAAAAGUUGGAGCAGGCUGACCAAAGAGGAGAGCAUCCGGAAAAUGAAAAUCAACUGCAGCUCAAAGAGCAACGCCGGCACCCUUUUUUACAUGGCCCCAGAACACUUGGCAUCAGUUAACACCACGCCUGUGGAAAAAUCAGACGUGUACAGCUUUGGCAUAGUAUUAUGGGCCAUCUUUGCCAACAAAGAACCCUAUGAGAGUGAGUGUUUGUGAUCAAAUAACUCUGCUUGCUGAAGUGUUUUUAGCUGCAUACGGUUACAGUGGUACCUUGGGUUAAGUACUUAAUUCGUUCUGGAGGUCUGUUCUUAACCUGAAACUGUUCUUAACCUGAAGCACCACUUUAGCUAAUGGGGCCUCCUGCUGCCGCCGCGCCAUUUCUGUUCUUAUCCUGAAGCAAAGUUCUUAACCUGAGGUGAUAUUUCUGGGUUAGCAGAGUCUGUAACCUGAAGCGUAUGCAACCUGAAGCGUAUGUAACCCGAGGUACCACUGUAUAUUUUUUUUAUUUAAAAAAACCUAUUCAAUUCCUCUCUCCCGCACCAGAUGCUAUGACUGACGCGCAAAUAUACUUCUGCAUCAUGAAUGGGGACAGGCCUCUCAUAGAGGAGAUUGAAGAAAGUUGCCCAGGAGAGAUCAUUACACUAAUGAAACAAUCUUGGAGUCAAAAGCCGGAGGAACGGCCAACUUUUGCAGGUAGUGAGAGGGCAUUUUUGCUGAAGUGGGUCUGGCAUUAUCUGAGUGCAAGAGGAAGGUAGCCUUAAGGUCAUGCGGAAUAUUCCAGAUGUUUAGUUUUUGGCUGGGUCUACAGGUGCAGUGGGAUGAGGAACAGCAGAGAGGUAACACUGCACUCCUUAUAGGUGCCAAAUCCAUGGGGAAGUACGUGAGGACGGGACUGAGCCCCACCCAAUCUGUACGUUGAAAUUUUGUACCCCCUAACAAUUUUGCGCCCAGGGCAACUGCCGCUGUGCCCUCCUGCCAUGCUACGCCACUGCCGUGUCACUUCUUACUUGCCUUUAUAAAAGACAGCAUAAGAAGAGUCUCCUCUGUUUUUCACUGAGACCGCUUUGGGGUUUUUCUUUUACUAAUUGACUAAUCCUUUACUACAGAAAUCAAUUUGACGUACAAGCCAUUUUAUCAGCAGAACUUUGAAAAGGAUGUUGAAGAUGACUUGAGAAAGUUAAAAGUAAGUUUUUCAAACAUUUAUGGCUGAAAAAAGCAAAAGGGGCGAGAAUCACUGGUGGAAAUUGUAGAGAAACAGAGUCCAGCUAUUAGGUAGAAGAAAUUUCCUGAAAGUAAGAGCUGUCACACAGCCGAGCAAUCUCCUUCACUGGAAUCAUUGAAGCAGAGAUUGUCAGGGACACUGUCGCUGCAUCUGCAUUGUAGAUCCUGCAAUAAUCAGAGGGGUGUACUAAAUGACUUCCUCAGUCCCUUCCAAUUCUAUCCCUAAAAGCAUACAAAAUCAUAAGAAGAGCUGCUGGAUCAACCCAGUGGUCCAGAAUCCUGUUCUCAGCAGUGGAACACCCUCCCACCAAAUGUCAAGGAGAUAAAUAGCCAUACAACUUUUAGAAGACAUAUGAAGGCAGUCCUGUAGAGGGAAUAUUUUUAAGGUUUGAUGUUUUAUUAUCUCUUUAUAUCUGUUGGAAGCCAUCCAGAGUGCCUGUGGCAACCCAGUCAGAAGGGCAGGCUAUAAUAAUAAUAAUAAUAAUAAUAAUAAUAAUAAUAAUGGACCCCUGACUGUUAAGUCUAGUCACGAACGACUCUGGGGUUGCAGCGCUUAUCUCGCUUUACUGGCCGAGGGAGCCGGCAUUUGUCCGCAGACAGUUUUUCCAGAUCAUGUGGCCAGCAUGACUAAGCCGCUUCUGGCGAAACCAGAGCAGCGCACGGAAACGCCGUUUACCUUCCCGCCAGAGCGGUACCUAUUUAUCUACUUGCACUUUGCCGUGCUUUCGAACUGCUAGGUUGGCAGGAGCUGGGACCGAACAACGGGAGUUCACCCCGUCGCGGGGAUCCGAACCGCCGACCUUCCGAUCGGCAAGCCCUAGGCUCAGUGGUUUAGACCACAGCACCACCCGCGAACCUGUAAUAAUAAUAAUGUUGCCCUAAUGCCUGUGUCAGGCUUCAGGGAAUCUGAUCCCCCUCCCUCACGGCAGGCUGCCAGUAAUGAAAAUACAAGAAGCUCUUACCAAGGUAUUUUAUUCAAUAGUCACAGAGAGAGAUGCAGGAUGCUGUCUCUAGGAUAAUGGCGUUGCUCUCAGUAAUCUCCUCCCCCCUUUUACUCUCAGUCGUCAGCAGCUCCACCCCUUUAUACAGUGGCUGCGUGAGGACCUUUGUCUAUUCGCUUUCUGUUCUCCCACUUUAACAGCCCUCCUCGUUCUAGGAGAAGGGGAUUGGGUUGGGAAUGCUUUCUAAUGAUAAUGUGUCAACCAGCUGUCCUAACUCUUCUGCUCCUCCUUCGUCUCCUUCCAUUAUCUCCCAGCUUUGUCCUUCUUCUGUCUCAGAGUCAUGACCUUCUGCAAACCACCGUUGUAAGUCUAUACUGUCCUCCUCUUCUUGGGAAGGUUCAGGAGAAUGGGGGGGUGGCCUCCACCAUUCCUCUUCAGUCCAAUCCCUGACAGCCUGUGAGAAACAUUACUGUCUCCGGAUGUGGAGACACAGCAUAGUCAUCAUGGCUAUAGCCUUGCCCUCCAUGACUUUGUCCACUCCUCUUUUAAAGUCAUCCAAACUGGUGGCCAUUGUUGCCUCCUGUGGAAGUGGGUUCCAUGCUUGAACUAUACAUUGCAUGAAGAAUUACUUUUAUCUGCCAUGGCUAUUUCAACACUCAGCUUCAUUGGGUGUCCACAAAUUCUAGUGUUAGGAGAGAAGCAGUAGUGGGGCUGCUCCCUCAGUCUCUCUCCGACAUUCUCACAUUAACCGGAGUGUCUGAAAUGGGAAAGCCUACAUGUGUAAACCUCUAGACAUGUAGGUUUCCCUGUGCAACAGGGUUCCUGACAUCCUUAGUCAUACAGUCCAGCGGGAUUUUGCUUGAUGGGCACCCUAAGCAACAUUCCCCUAGAGGUUCUAGGUUCUUCCAGUGAUUCAAUCAGGUAUUUAGUUGCUCUUGUUCUCUGCGACAGGAAAAGUACCCUGAGCCAACGGAACUUGUAAAAAGGAUGCAGUCUCUCCAAGUGGAUGCUGUGGCAGAACCACCAAGCAAUGGUCGGACGGGUAAUUCAUUUCAGUUGCUUAAGAGUUUGUUCUUUUGCAUCCCACAUUUGGGAUGCAACUGCUGCACAUUUCUUUACAAUAACAAGGACACCCAUUUUAAAAAACACACAAUCAAAGCCAAAGUACAGCGCAGAUCACUGUUUCAGUGCUGAUUAGGGCUAGUGCAGAUUACAGUUUCAGUCUCUACAUUGUAAAUAAAUCAUAUCAGAGCUGGAGAUUUUGUCUGGACUCUGGUUUAUGACUCAAAUUAGAGUAUGUGUAUAUUUUAUGAUAGCGUCACAGAAGUGAUGAAGUCAGUUUGGGGUGGAGAAUUCAUCAUCCUCUCUGUUUCUCUUUUUUGGGGGGCAAGGGAAGCCCACACAGACAAACAGACAGUGCCUGGUGAAAUCCCAUAGCGUGGAAGCAGCAGGGGCUGAGCAGGAUUUCCACAACAACAAGAAGCCAAGAACCAUUCACACUUCCAAAAGUCAUUAUUCUUGCCGUCUAUAUUCAGAGUCUAUAGCUACCAAAAGGCUCUUGACCUUUGGGUAUUAGGCUGAAACCCACAGCCUGAGGUGUAGCAGCUGCCAAAGGAAACCUGCCAGCAGGCCUCAGGGUGGAUCGAUACCAAAGGCCCUUUUGGGUCAUCCUGUUGGGUUGGCAUAAGAACAAAGACCACACCUACUUUUUACUUUGGGGGAUUUCUGCUUCCUUUUUGUAGCACCUGUUAAUAUUGGAAGUGGUUUUAAAAAAAUGUUUGCUGGCAGUUAUUUAUGCUGAUUACUUGUUCAACCUGAGCUUCUGAAUAGUCAGAAUAGAGCAGGGCUGGGUGGUACCUGGUUUUCCAACAUCGCAAUACACUGAUAUAUCACAUUGACAUUUUAGUGUAUUUUUGGUCUUUGUUGGAAGCCCCCCAGAGUGGCUGGGGAAACCCAGCCAGAUGGGCGGGGUACAAAUAAGUUGUUGUUGUUGUUGUUGUCUGAAGUAAGGAUGGAGCUAUGUACAGGCAUUAACUGCCUUCACGGUUUUUCCUGCAUCAUGAUUUCUGCAUAGCGCGCAAGCACACACACAUCCUGAUUGUGAUAUAUUGCCAGGUCUAAAACUAUGAAACCAACAUCAUGAUAUGGACUUCAAACCAGUUUGGGACAAUAUAUCGAUACACUACUCAGCCUAGAAUAGGGUGGUGGUGUGAACACACUUAAUUCUUCCAACUGGAGAGAGCAUUUAGUAUUCCUUUGUUUUUCUAGGCUUCUACCCCCCCACCCCCAAGUGUGUUGAGUGGAAGUUUUGUGAGAGCACUUUCUAUAAUCUUCUGGUUUUGGAAGGCUUCCUUCUAGUUCUCUCUGGUUGUGAUUUUGAAGUAUGAUACCUUCACUUAUCAUUUGCUGGGCUAUGGGAAAUGGCAGGCGAUGCUAGAACUUCGUGCCAGAGUACAGUGGUACAGCAAUACAGCAGUUUAUGGCAUUUCCCAGAUGAUAGCGUUAGGCUGACUGUAUAAGACAAAUUCUUGUGGAAGAGGACCAAUGGCAACCCAACAAGCUAUUCAUGCUUACAGCACAAUUCAGUGCAAAUAUACUGAGAAGUAAGUCCCAUUGAGUUCAUUGGGAUCCAAGGUGAGAGUGUAGGAUAGGUCAGGGAAAGCUGUGACCUUCCCUAUGCUACUGGACUGAUGGGAAUUGUAGUCCAAAGGUUUUUGGAGGCCCAUAGGCUCCCUGGCCCUGGAUGCAGCCUUGAUCUCACAGCAGUAGAGUCUCACCAAGCUGCUAAAACAUGGGUAGGCAAACUAAGGCCCAGGGGCUGAAUCUGGCCCAAUCGCCUUCUAAAUCUGGCCCGCAGGCAGUCUGGGAAUCAGUGUGUUUUUACACGAGUAGAAUGUGUCCUUUUAUUUAAAGCUAAGCAGUUGGCGCCUUACCUCUCUCGCCCUGACCUAGCCACUGUGAUCCAUGCGACGGUCACCUCCAGACUGGAUUAUUGUAACUCACUCUACGUGGGGCUGCCCUUGAGACUGACCCAGAAAUUCCAGCGGGUGCAGAAUGCCGGGGCGAGACUCCUUACAGGGUCUUCGCUGUGAGAUCACAUUCACCCGGUACUAUACCAGCUGCACUGGCUCCCGGUGGAAUAUAGGAUCAGGUUUAAGGUGCUGGUUUUAACCUUUAAAGCCCUAUACGGCUUAGGACCCUCGUACCUACGGGACUGCCUCUCCUGGUAUGUCCCACAGAGGAACCUGCGGUCUUCAAAUAAAAACAUCCUGAAGGUCCCAGGCCACAGAGAGGUUAGGCUGGCCUCAACUAGAGCCAGGGCUUUCUCGGCUGUGGCUCCAAUCUGGUGGAACGCUCUGACACAAGAGACUAGGGCCCUAUGGGACUUGACAUCUUUCCGCAGGGCCUGCAAGACAGAGCUGUUCCACCAGGCCUUUGGUCAGGGCGCAGCCUGACUCCCUCCUUUGGCAAUCUGCACAGAAUUUUUGCUUAAUGGUUGCCAUUAAUUUGAUUUUAAUUAAUUUUUAUAAUGAAAUGUUUUUAGAAUGUUGUAUUAUUUUAUUGUUGUUAGCCGCCCUGAGCCUGGCUUUGGCUGGGGAGGGCGGGAUAUAAAUAAAAUUUAUUAUUAUUAUUAUUAUUAUUAUUAUUAUUAUUAAAAUGCAUCUCUGGGUUAUCGGUGGGGCACAGGAAUUCGUUCAUUCCCCCCCCCUAAAAAAAUCUAGUCCAGCCCCAAAGGUCUGAGGGACAGUGGACCGGCCUCCUGCUGAAAAAGUUUGCUGUUCCCUGUCUUAGAGAUUAGGACUGCAAUUCUAGCCCCACUUACCUGGGAGUAAGUCCCUUUGAACCCAAUGGGACUUACUCUGAGUAGACAAGUUUUAGGAUUGCACUGUCAGCAUCCCUGUAGAACAACACCUAUACAGUUAUGGCACAUCUCUCUGGAAGGCCAGCUCUUUGUUCAGAAAGUGGGUGGGAAAAACCUUUACAAUACCAUACUUUUGAUGCUUAGCAUCCAUGGGUCUCUCUGUGUGUGUGUGUGUGUGUGUGUGUGUGUGUGUGUGUGUGUUUGUGUGUGUGUCACUGCAGGAGCAUUCAGAGUCACUACUAGCUGUAUUAAUUUUAUUUGUGGGGCAUAGGAAUUUGUUCAUUUUCCCCCCCUUCAAAAUUUAGUCCGGCCCCCCACAAGGUCUGAGGGACAGUGGACCAGCCCCCUGCUGAAAAAGUUUGCUGUCCCCUGUGCUAGAACAUUGCAAUGAAAUCUCUGCAAAACGAUCAAUCCUCUUAGGCCUCUCCCUUUCUGCCCUGUAGAUCAGCCUGGCUUCCUGCACAGCUCUCCGUCUCCUGCGCCCAGCAACACCGUAGACGAAGCCAUGUUUGCGGCUUGCCCAGUGAAUGAACCUGUGGAGAGCUGCGAAACGUCCUUGGAUCCUCCGGUGACCUUGGAGCGGAAACUGGAGGACGAGCUAAACUAUCACGUGCACGGCAGCAGGAUGGACAAGGGGGAUGGCCGUUCCGUGUCGUACAGCGCCGAAAUGCUGGAGCAGGAGAGGAGGAGGAAGGUGUCUCACGACCCGUAUGCAAAGGCGACUGCUGCCCGCCCGAUGCAGGAGUCACACCUGAGGCCUGAAAAGGUCGAGCCUGGUGCCCGUCAUAGCAACACCACUGUGGACCCAUACAGUCGUCAGUGGAAACCACCGCCGCUCAGAGCUACUCUGGAAAGGGAAAAUAAUAGCCGGCUGAAUCCAGUUAGGCACUAUGGGCCUGGACCUGCAAAUCUCAGAGCAUCUCUAAGCCCAGAAGAUCUCUACGGAUCAGCCAAUCCCUUUAGCUUCAAUAAACCACCCGUACCUGAAUCUGGUGUGGAUCGUCAAUCUAACCCAUUCAGACCUUACUAUUUUGGCAGAAGCUUCAGUACAGAAACUGGUAAGUGAACUGAUUGAGGGUCUUCUUGUUCCUUCAGGGAGAAAGAGCACACAUGCAGUAAAAUGGCUCUUCUUCACUACCUUCUAUGAAGAAAAUAAAAGCUGUCCCAUUUUUUAUGAGCCAGUCUUUCGUCCCAUCCUACUAACCCUGGGCAGCUAAAAUGUAAUAGCAAUUCAAAAUCUGCUGAGCUUUAAGGUUACUAUGCAUAUUUAUAUUUAUGCCUUUUAUUAAAUUUUCAUCCUGCCCUCCCUUCAAGGAGCUUGCGGCAAACAGUUCUCCCCACUCUCAUACCAUUUCACUUCACAACCUUCUGAGGUUGACUGAAAUGAAUAUUUGUCUGAGGUCACCCAAUGAGCAGCACUGACUGGGAAGCUUUGUGGAAUGGAAUCGCUUUUGUCCAAGCAUUUGAAUCACGAAAUACUGUUUGUGGUGAAGUUUCUACAGAGAGCAUUAGCGCUGCUAUUCGUUGUGCUGUAUUUUAUUUGUAUUGUUUUCUUAGGACUGUCAUGUUUCAUUAUCAAUGUUGUAAGCUGUGCUCCAUUCUGGGAUAUCCAUCUGUACAUAAGGGAUACUCCAGCACCCUAAAAACUGGGUGGUGGCCCUUUCAUGCCAUUGUACUAAAAGGGCUUUUGAUCCGGUGGAAUCACCUCAGAAGACGAGAGAAGGUUUUUUGCCAAUCCCCUUUGCCCAGCAAUCCCCAGUGUGCUUUGGAAACCUGUUCUGGAGCAGUUUUAUUUGUUUGUUUGUAAUUAGAUCUCUUAACCUGCCCUUCAACAAUAAUCCUGUGGGUUACAACAAUAAAAUAUGCAAUUAAAAAACAAAUAAAAGCAUUACAACCCUAAAACAAACACAAACAAGCGUUUUGAGGGAGAAUCAGCAAAAACUCCCUUGAUUUCUCUCUUUGUCGGCAUAUGCCUCCUCUGGUGUAAGAGUGCUAGGAGUGCUAGUUGUAAUAUCAUUCUGUACUGCACUGGCUGUGGGCUGAAUAGAAAUUGGUAACUUAAUUAUAUUGAUCAAUUGCAUCUAUAUGCUACCUUUUGGACAAGGUGCCUCAGGCGGGAUAUUAACAAGUGGUGCCAAACAUCCUCAGGCCUAUUUCAGGAGCUGAUGGUGCUAGCUCCCUUGCCUGGUACACACAUCCCAGGGAGCUCCAGGGAAGGUGGGUCUUGGGUGGUCCCAACUAUGAAAGAACUCUCUGGUUCAUCAGCACUGUGGGCUGCAAAUGUGGCUCCGUGACAAUCAGCAAGUACAGUGGUACCUCAGGUUACACACGCUUCAGGUUACAGACUCCUCUAACCCAGAAAUAGUGCUUCAGGUUAAGAACUUUGCUUCAGGAUGAGAACAGAAAUCGUGCUCCGGCGGCGCGGCAACAGCAGGAGGCCCCAUUAGCUAAAGUGGUGCUUCAGGUUAAGAACAGUUUCAGGUUAAGAAUGGACCUCCAGAACGAAUUAAGUACUUAACCCAAGGUACCACUGUACAGCACUGGAAGCUUAGACUGUCUAUCUGGGAGGACUUCAUUCUGUCGGAAGUCACUGUGGUCUUCUGAAAAGUACAGUGGUGCCCCGCAAGACGAAUGCCUCGCAAGACGGAAAACCCGCUAGACGAAAGGGUUUUCCGUUUUUGAGUUGCUUCGCAGGACGCAUUUCCCUAUGGGCUUGCUUCGCAAGACGAAAAUGUCUUGCGAGUCUUGAGAUUUUUUUUCCGCUUUCCCCCCCCUUUAUCUAAUCCGCUAAGCCUUUAAUAGCCUUUAAUAGCCUUUUAGCAGCUAAUCCGCUAAGCCUUUAAGCCUUUAAUAGCCGCUAAACCGCUAAUAGCGCUAAUCCGUUAAGCCGCUAAUAGGAUUGCUUCGCAAGACGAAAAAACCGCUAGACGAAGACUCUCGCGGAACGGAUUAAUUUCGUCUUACGAGGCACCACUGUACUGGGGCUUGAUGUCCUCAGCUCUCCCUUCUGGCAGCUGCUGCUCUCCCGAGACCACCACUUUGUAUCGUGAAAUAUCCACCUGUUGAAAUUCCCUCAUCUACAUUAAUGAUGCAAGAGCUCUUUUGCACUUGGGUAGGUUUUUGUCUGAGUAGGUUUUUGCACUGUCAAGAGUCCAGUAUACCUGAAGGAGCGUCUCUACCCCCAUCGUUCUGCUAGGACACUGAGGUCCAGUGCGAAGGCCUUCUGGCAGUUCCCUCGCUGCAAGAAGCCAAGUUACAGGAAAACAGGCAGAGGGCCUUCUCGGUAGUGGCACCCGCUCUGUGGAACGCCCUCCUACCAGAUGUCAAAGAGAAAAACAACUACCAUACUUUUAGAAGACAUCUGAAGGCAGCCCUGUUUAGGGAAGCUUUUAAUGUUUAAUAGACUAUUGUAUUUUAAGAUCUUGUUGGAAGCCGCCCAGAGUGGCUGGGGAAACCCAGCCAGAUGGGCGGGGUAUAAAUAAUAAAUUAUUGUUGUUGUUGUUGUUUAAUGUUUCAAGAGCAGUGGUACAGUUUUGACACAAUUUGCAUACCUCUUUAGAUCCAGAGGAAUCAACCUCUUUUAUGAAGACGAACUUCGCCCAUACACCUAUACACAAACAGAAUUCAGGUAAAAAACUCUAGUUAUUUCUUGAUAUGAGCAGUAUGAUCUCAACAUGAGCGGCAUGAGCAGUCCGGACUCUUUAAGGCUAUAAUACCAUUUGGUAGCUCUAAAGCAGAAGUAGGGAAGCUCCAAUCCAUGGGCCAGUCUUGGCCUACACGGCUAUUUCCCUCCAAUCAUAUCCACCUGUCCAUCAGCUGAUGUCACACGUGAAAUGAACUGAUCGACCAGGGUGGGUGGGAUCCAAUUCUGCCUUGGCUGAGUAUGCCUAUUCCCAGCAGCCAAUUUUGUAGGAUUUAACCCCGCUUUCCCAGGGUUUAUUUGGCACACUAGUUAGAUUUUUGGAGGGGCCUAAGGUGCAAACAGGAUAGACUAGUGUUAGGUUGCAGAACUGGCCCCUGCAAUCUGCUCUUUCCACAAGGAGAGAGUUUGAGAUUCCCUUUUGUGGUGCUGUUCCCUUUCAAAAUGAAAAAAACCAACAGAAUUUUGGAGCUCCAGAAACAGCUGCUUGCUUGAUCUCAACAAGAUACAGUCACAUUUGCUGAAGUCUCAAAAUGCAUUAUCUAUUUGACUCAAAAGACUUAAUUCUCGCAACGGUUUUGAAACGCUGUUGCUAUAGAACAGCGAUGUCCAACUGGUCAACCACGAUAGACAGGGUAGAUUCCCCGGAGAUCACAGGAACCUUUUAGUCCUUGCGAAUAAAAAAACAGUUGAAUGAAUGUCUCGGGCCCCCGCUGUGUACGUUUGCUUGUGUUGGCAUUUACUGCAAGCGAUUUAUGGCAUUCACCCCCAAAAAGCUGAACAACUCUGGCCUCUCCUCCUAAAAAAAAUCCCAACAACUCUGGGUAGAUCACUGCCAGGUUGUUUAAACUGGGAGUAGAUUGCAGUCUCUUGGGAGUUGGACAUGCCUGAUAUAGAAGAGCCAACAUGUUUUCUCUUUGGGGAGUUUGUUGUCUCAUCCUACUGAUCUGACUGACACAGGUUUGCUAUGACUUUUAACUCUUAUCAAAGAACUAUUGGAGCAGCCUGGCUUGCUGAGUUGGUUAGAGCACGGUGCUAAUAAUGGCAAGGUCACAGAUUCAAUUUCCGUAUGGGACAGCUGUAUAUUCCUGCAUUGCAGGGGGUUGGACUAUAUGAUCCUCAGGGUCCCUUCCAACUCUACAAUUCUAUCCUUCCAUGAUUAACUAUACCAGACACCAACCUGAGAAAUAAACCUGGUUGUGUAAAUAUGCCCUUGUAACAUAAAUUCUAAGAGCAGGAACCGUUCUUUCCUUGAUGUGAAACUACCCAACAUAUAAGUGCAGCGUUCAAAUAAUGCAUUUUUGCCAUUUUACUAUUUCCAUCAUAAAAUUAACAUGUGUCAACACACUGGUCAGUAAUUUAUCCCCCUGCACUGUCCCUGUGCUCAUUUUGCUUGUGUGUAGUUUUAUACUUGCUUUAUUAAACGGGUGUUUUUUAAAAAAAUUGUCUUACAUACAGGAGAACCUGCAAGCUACAAUAUAUAUAAUAGUAGUGCAAUUCAGAUAGGCUCUCACAACAUCUUAACCAUUAAACAAAAACCUCAACAAAUAUGUACUAUGCCGGAAAAUACUCAUUAUAAUCCUGCAGAUUACCAGAAACUCUUUGGUAAGUACUGAAGUUAAAACUUUUUUCUUCCUUCAUGAAAUAGUUCUUGCUUUCAAAGUCAUACAUUUUCCUUUGAAACUCUGUUCAGGAUAUGUAAGUUAGGACUGAAUAGAACUGAAAACAUCUACCAAGGAAAGAUACGACAUGCUUAGACUGAGGUCCAGCUCUGAGGGCCUUCUGGCAGUUCCCUCCCUGCGAGAAGUGAGCUUACAGGGAACCAAGCAGAGGGCCUUCUCUGUAGUGGCACCUGUCCUGUGGAACACUCUCCUUUCCGAUCUCAAACAGUUAAACAAAUAUAUGACUUUUCAUAGAAAUCUAAAGGGAGCCCUGUUUUGGGAAGUUUUUAAUGUUUGAUGUUUCCCCCCCUCCCAUUCUUUCCUCUGUAUUUUGUUGGAAGAUACCCAGAGUGGCUGGGGUAUAAGAAAUAAAUUAGUAGUAUUAAUAGUAACAAAAAUAUUAAUCUGUAGAAACAUAGGUGUUAGUGAUCUCCACAAAACACAGACUUUGCAGUCAGAUUUUGGGAUUCUGACCCUGAAGAUUCUGGUCUUCUAGCUUGUAUCCCUUAGUAGUAGUACAGUGGUACCUCGGUUUAAGAACAGUCCUGUUUACAAACGAUUCAGUUUACGAACUCCGCAAAACUGGAAGUAGUGUUCCGGUUUGCGAACUUUACCUCGGUAAAGUAUUUAGGCCCCUUUAUGAAUUCAUUACACAAGAAGGGGUGCCAUGAGUAAAGGAGGGAGCAGGAGAAUACCUGGUGGCUUCCCCCACAACAUGGCAUGAAUUCCCUGCAACCCCCUUUGAUGUCAAUACAUAAAGUACGGACAUCUGCAAGUGGAAAGUCUUCUGCACAAAAGACUGUAAGGCUUCCAUGGGAUCAGGAAUUCUGUACCACUGUGGUUUAUAAUCCCAUGGAAGUCUACACAGGUGGGCUGCUAAAAAAAAAAAGUGCAGAAAAGUAACUCUGCACAUGCUUUGUGGCCUUGCAAUGCAGUCAUGUGGCAUUUUCAAACAAUUCUGACUGGCUCAGAAUUCACACUCAAAUGGAGGUUCCAUGGUGAAUAUAUUGACAUAGGGACGCGGGUGGCGCUGUGGUCUGAACCACUGAGCCUCUUGGGCUUUCUGAUCCGAAGGUUGGCAGUUCGAAUCCCCACAACUACCUUGCUCUGUCCCUGCUCCUGCCAACCUAGCAGUCCGAAAGCAUACCACCACAAGUAGAUAAAUAGGUACCACUGCGGCGGGAAGGUAAACGGCGUUUCCAUGCACUCUGGUUUCCGUCACGGUGUUCUGUUGUGAGAGAGAGAGAGAGAGAGGGAGAUUGACAUGCACUCAGAGCCCUGCAUUCACUGUUAGCAGCAGGGUUGGCCUGCCUGCCCCCUCACACCCAUGUUUCUCACGCAAGAUGGAGUUUGUCAGGAUCUUCCUAUUGCCUCUGAGAACAAAAGCAACGGUGUUCCAUCGCCAAAGCACUAAAGAAACAUUUUCCUUUUGUCACCACCAGAGAACACUGCUAUCGUUUCGGAAGUUCAACUGAACCUCGUGAGAGAAAAUAUGGGGAAGAAGUGGAAACCCACGGCGCGGCAGCUGGGCUUCAGCGACCCUGACCUGGAGGAAAUUGACCAUGACUACGAGCGCGAUGGCUUAAAGGAAAAAGUUUAUCAAAUGUUUCAGAGGUGGCUGAUGAAGGAAGGGAGCAAAGGAGCAACGGUGGGAAAGCUGGCCAGAGCUCUCUUUGCUAGCCAGAGGAUAGAUCUCCUUGCCAAAAUAAAGCAGGAGUCAGAAAUGAGUAACAAAUGAGAGUCAUAAACCAGCAUAAACUACUUUGCAGGGGAAAGUAUGGACAUUUUGCUUUACAUUUUGCUAUUAUGAAUGCUCUGGUGCUGCCUGUAUAGAAUUUGCCGUCAAAUGAAUGUAUUUGUAUAAUUUUAAUUAAAAAAACCCAAUAUAAAUGGACGCAAGACUGCUCUAGCUUUAAUGUAAAUAAUAAAAUAUUAUCAGAUAC